AUGGAGACGCUCACGCCUGAACAAUGGCGCGAGAUCAUGAACAAGAAGAUGCACUUCCCUCCGGAGCUCAUCGGUGCCAUUCAGGAGGGGAAAAUCGAGAUGAUGUCCAGACUGUUGAAGACCGGCGACGGCAUCCUCCGCCAGCUGGAUGAGUCCGAGGAUCGCCAGUGGAGGGAGGCCCUGAACCUGUCCAUCCGCCUGGGCAACGAGAUGUGCGUGGACGCCCUCCUGCAAGGGGUCAAGUUCGACUUCCGGCAGAUUCACGAGGCCCUGCUGGUCGCUGUAGACACCAACCAGCCCAGAGUGGUGAAGCGCCUGCUGGACCGCCUGGACCAGGAGAAAGGCAACAAGAUGGACGUGCACUCCUUCUCUCAGGCCAUCUUUGACCACUCGAUUGACAACUCCCAGUUUGCACCCGGUGUGACUCCUCUGACGUUAGCCUGCCAGAAAGACCUGUAUGAUAUCGUGGCCAUGCUCACCCAAAAAGGUCACGUCAUCCCGUGGCCACAUAAGAUAUCCUGUUCCUGCCUGGAGUGUCAUAACGGCCGACAGUACGACCUUCUGAAGUUCUCCCUGUCUCGUAUCAACACCUACCGUGGCAUCGCCAGCCGCGCCUACCUGUCUGUCACCUCUGAGGAUGCCAUGCUCGGAGCUUUCACUCUCAGCAAAGAGCUCCGUAAGCUCUCCAAAAAAGAGCCGGAGUUCAAGCCUCAGUAUCUGGGCCUGGAGGAGCUCUGUCAGGAGUUUGCCGUGGAGUUGCUGGGCAUGUGUCGCAACCAGAGCGAGGUGACCACCAUCCUGAACAGCUGUGGAGACGAGAGCCAGGACUCCUUAGAGGAGCAGGCCUUCGAGGAGGGGAUCCCCAACCUGUCACGUCUGCGGCUUGCUGUCAACUUCAACCAGAAGCAGUUUGUGGCCCACCCAAUCUGCCAGCAGGUGCUGUCAUCUAUCUGGUGCGGGAACCUGUCAGGCUGGAGAGGCAGCAAGACGACCUGGAAGCUGUUUGUCUCCGUGGGGAUCUUCUUCACCAUGCCCUUCCUCUGCCUCGUCUACUGGAUCGCACCAAAGUCAAAGCUGGGGAAGAUACUCAAGACUCCUGUGAUCAAGUUCCUCCUCCACUCUGCCUCCUAUCUGUGGUUUCUCAUCACGUUACUGGGAGAAUCGAUAACGAUGGAGAUAUAUCGAGACAAAUUUGCUUCCCGCACGCAGGACAUCCUGCACAGCUCCUUCCACAUGGUGUGGGUGGUCGGAUUCUUCUGGUACGAGUGUAAGGAGGUGUGGAUGGAGGGGUUGCGGAGCUACUUCCUGGACUGGUGGAACUGCUUGGAUGUGAUGGUGCUCAGCAUGUACCUGGCGUCCUUCGCGUUACGUGUGCUCAUAGUGCUCAAAGGCUACUUCCUCUGCCACGAUUAUGACAGCAUAGCGGACUGCAUCUACUUCACUCAGACUGAGCGCCAUCAGUGGCAUCAGGAGGACCCCCAGCUGAUUGCGGAGGUGCUGUUUGCAGUGACGAGCAUGUUGAGCUUCACGCGGCUGGCGUACAUCCUGCCGGCACACGAGUCUCUGGGUACUCUGCAGAUCUCCAUCGGGAAGAUGAUUGAUGACAUGAUGAGAUUUAUGUUUAUAUUGAUGAUCAUCGGAACAGCCUUCCUCUGUGGCAUCAACAAUGUCUAUGUUCCUUAUGUCAUCUCUCCACAUCUUGGCAAGUUUAAUGAGACGUUCCACUUCUUAUUCUGGACUAUGUUUGGCGUGGCCAACCAGGAAUACGUGGAUAUGACGCAGUAUAUGUUGGCAGAGUUUGUCGGGAGGGUUCUGUACGGCAUCUUCACACUCGUCAUCGUCAUCGUCCUGCUCAACAUGCUUAUUGCCAUGAUCACCAACACCUUUCAGAAAAUUGAGGACGAUGCAGAUGUCGAGUGGAAAUUUGCCCGAUCGAAGCUGUACCUCAAUUACUUCAGAGAGGGCCUCACCAUUCCUGUACCCUUCAACAUCAUCCCCUCACCCAAAGCUGUUUUUUACAUCUUAAAGGCCAUCUUUAGAAAAAUCUGCUGCUGCUGCACUUCUAAAUCUGAGGACAGAUAUCCCGCUCUAGCCUCGAUGGCCGACGGGAAGGGAUCUGAAGACACCCCGCUGCCUUACCGCCAGCAGGUGAUCAGAGCUCUGGUGCAGCGCUACAUUGAAGCGGCGCGCAGGGAGUUCGAGGAGACCAAGAGGAAAGAUAUCGGUAAUCGGAUCACUUUGCUGACCAAGGUGGUCACCAGGAUGCACAGUGAUAUGAAAGUGGUCCACCAGGUUCUGAUCGAUGGACACGCUGCAAGCGACCCAUCGGCCAAGGAUGCCGCCUCCCUUCUGGGGAAAUACAUCGCUGGAGCCAAGAACAAUUUCGUAGGUUUUAAAAGCAGACCAGAUGAGAUAAAUGCAGCACUUAAAGUGACAGUGCACCAUGGAGAAGAAGGUGUUGAUAAAGAAAAGCUUGACUCGGAUACAAAACAAGAGUCAGAGGCACAACAGAGUGAGGUGGGCGAAUGUAGCGCAGGGGGAUCAAAGCCGGUAACAGACUGUGAUUUCCUGAAAAUGGAGGAAGGCAGAGCUCAAAUAGAGCCAGGAGAUGGGAAGGAAACUGAGAAAAAAGAGCAGGUGGAAGCCGACAACAAUGAAGUGAAAGAGGGAGUCGUGGCAGGAACAAGUUUUAAUCACGGAGGAGAAAAUCAAAAAGCAGAGGCCCCACAGGGUGAGGCAGAAAAAAGAAGAGAGGGGGAGACACGCACAGUGGGGAAGGUGCGUGAAAAACAAACGGAGACGACCUCCCAGCAAGCUGAGAUGGAGGCAAAAUGCAUGAAAGGUAGAACAUGUGAGCGGGAUGGAGCUGAGAAGUCUGGUUUUAAGAACAGCGAUGCAGAGCCUGGAGCCAAGGUCACGGUUCCCUCGCCAACAGACAGCAGCAGCUCCAAGGACACCGGCUUCGGUUCCCAGGAAGGGGAGGGGUUGAUCGACGGGGCCUUAGUGAGACCGUCGCCUUAGUGAUGUCCCGGUUCAUGACUUUGAAAAUAAAUAUUUGAGGAGCGGUAAAUGUUCACAAUUUUGGAAAUAUAGUCUUGCACAUAACUGUAAAACAUCACAUUUUAAUUUGUAUACUUUGGAUUAAACAAACACGACAUGUUGUGCUAAUUAAUUAACUUUAGAGGUGGAAUGUGUUGGGCAGAGACAGUUUAGCUUUUCCCCUGAUCCCAGUUGUGCUGAGCUAAACUACUUAGCGGUUCCAUGUAGCUUCAUAUUUACUGAACACACGAAAGAAACUGUUCAUCAAUCUUCUCGUCAAGCUUAACGCCACAACGCAAACACAUUUGUAUUUUCCAAAAUGUUGAACAACUCCUUUAACUCAAUAAUUCAUUCACAUGGAUAUCUAUUCAGCUACACGUUAGGUUUUUUAAUUUUCAGAAUGAAUGUUCUGAUAUUUACUAUUUCCUGAGAAAGAAAUCAUGAUGUUACUAAUUUUCUCAUUACAUGGUAACAUUUGAAAUUAAAAUACAGUGCCUGUAAAUAGCAAAAUGGCACAACAAAUAAAAUGGCUGACUUGCUGUUGGGCUUU